CCCGGUCCUGCAGGGGGCGGUAGUGCCUCACACUGAGCACUCAGAGUGGCACGGUCUCAUGUCCGUGUUUACAAGCGAAGCGUGACGUUCACGGAUCGCAAGAACACGUCUCCUAGAGCAACUAAAAGCUAUUUAUUUUGAUCAGAGACCUCCAACAUGCUGUCCCUGAAAGCUUUUCUCAGCGAGAGACUGGCAGCCGCGGCAGAGGAGAUAUUUGGAGCUGUUGAAAAAACAAUAGCCGAGUACAAAGAGGAGAUUUCUCGUUCAAAAGAUGUAGAAAUCAGUCGUCUCAGGAUGCAGCUGAAGCUUCUCAAAUCAGAGCCCCGGUUGGAUAGAUGCCUUGGAGCCCAGCUGCAGCAGCACACCCACCACCACCAUCAUCAUCAUCCUCAUCCUCCUCAGCAGCAGCACCAUCAGCCAGUCCCUGUAGUGGAGGCUCCUGAGUCCCAACACUGUGAAGAGGAUGGGGGCACCAGCAUGGCGCAGGAGCAUCCCGAGCCCUCACAGGUCAAGAAGGAGCAUCAGAAAAGCCACAGGGAUUUCUGGAUGGCACAAGAUGCAGAGCAGCUCGGGAGCCUUGAAUCAGACAUCAAAGACUUCAUCUCAUCUCCUGCCAGUCUGAGACUCAGCCUGCAAGACCCCACCUUACCCUUCCACCCCAACCACCACAACAACAAUGGCGAGGAGAGCAAAGAGAAGCCCUACUGCUGCUCUGUUUGUGAAAAGCGCUUCAGUAACUGCUCCCACCUCGCAGCUCACAUCAGGACACACACGGGAGAAAGGCCAUACAGAUGUGAAAUAUGCAGAAAGACUUUUAUCACAACAAGCGCUCUAAACAGACACCAGACCAUCCACACUGAAGGAAAACACUUUGUCUGUAAUUAUUGUGGUAAAUCCUUCAAGUGGAUGGAGUCUCUUGGCAGGCACAUGAGAAGUGUGCAUAAGAGAGAGAAUGUACCUGUAUGACUGUCACUGAAAUCACAUUAAUGUCAUGUUGUUACUGUUAAUCAUCUAUGAUUUAAGUAUGAAACACCAAACAUUAUUAUGUGCAAAUAAAGAAUGUAAUGUCUGUUGUAAUGUCUGUCUGUAACUGUGCAUAUACCUCAUUAAACCUUUUGUACAUAAACACUA